UUGACCGCUACUUUACGAGUGGAGGCUGGCUUGACUACAGUAAAAUAAGUAAUCUGUAUUGGCGAGUCAGCACUCGGGAAACGAUGACGUAGAAUGGGUGGGAUUAAAAAAUAGUAUUUGAAUAGCCUUACAUAACACUGCAUACUGAACGCAGUGAAAACUCGCUGUGGUGGGGAAACGAUUGCCGAAAUGCUCCGCGCGGUGAUUUCUAGGACCGUUCCACGGGUGAAGGUUGUGUCGGCGUGCCAAUACUCCGCCGCGGCUAUACCCGCACCUAGCACCCAACCCGAGGUCCACUUUAAUAAGCUGUUCAUCAACAACCAGUGGCAGGACGCAGCAAGUGGGAAAACCUUCCCCACUAUAAACCCAGCAACAGGGGAGAUCAUCUGUCAUGUUGCCGAGGCCAAUGAGGUGGAUGUUGACAAGGCAGUGAAAGCAGCACGCGAUGCCUUCCAGUUGGGCUCGCCAUGGAGACGGAUGGAUGCCUCCCACCGAGGCCUACUUCUCAGCCGGUUGGCAGAUGCAAUUGAGAGGGAUUCUGCCUACCUUGCGGAACUGGAGACCCUUGACAACGGGAAGCCGUAUGCUGUUUCCUACACAGUGGAUCUCCCCAAUGUGGUCAAAUGUCUCAGGUACUAUGCAGGCUGGGCUGACAAAUGGGAGGGAAAGACCAUCCCCAUUGAUGGAGAUUAUUUCUGCUACACCAGACAUGAACCCAUUGGAGUCUGUGGACAAAUCAUACCGUGGAACUUUCCUCUCUUGAUGCAGGCAUGGAAACUUGGCCCCGCUCUUGCAACCGGUAACACGGUGGUGAUGAAAGUCGCUGAGCAGACGCCGCUUUCCGCUCUCUACGUAGCCAGCCUGACAAAAGAGGUGGGGUUUCCCGAAGGUGUGGUGAACAUUUUGCCUGGCAUGGGGCCUUCAGCUGGAGCUGCCAUUGCAAGACACAUGGAUGUUGACAAAGUGGCCUUCACAGGAUCGACAGAGGUUGGUCAUCUAAUCCAGCAGGCUUCAGGCAACAGUAACCUGAAAAAGGUCACUCUGGAGCUUGGAGGAAAAAGUCCUAAUAUCAUCAUGUCUGAUGCAAAAAUGGAGGAUGCUGUGGAGCAGGCACACUUUGCCUUGUUUUUCAACCAAGGCCAGUGUUGUUGUGCCGGCUCCCGGACGUACGUCCAAGCAGAUGUCUACGACGAGUUUGUGGAACGUAGUGCGGAGAGAGCUAAGAGACGAGUGGUGGGCGACCCCUUUGAUUUAAACACUGAGCAGGGACCCCAGGUGGAUGAGGAGCAGUUCAACAAGAUUUUGGGUUACAUCAGCAGUGGGAAAAGAGAGGGGGCCAAACUGAUGUGUGGAGGCGGCGCGGCUGCUGACAAGGGAUACUUCAUCCAACCUACUGUGUUUGGAGAUGUUCAGGACAACAUGACCAUUGCCAGAGAGGAGAUCUUUGGUCCAGUUAUGCAGAUCUUAAAGUUCAAGACACUUGAGGAGGUGGUUGAGAGAGCCAAUGAUUCUAAAUAUGGUCUGGCUGCUGCCGUGUUCACCAAGGACAUUGAUAAGGCCAACUAUAUCGCCAAUGCGCUCCGCGCUGGCACUGUCUGGAUUAACUGUUACGACGUGUUUGGGGCCCAGGCUCCGUUUGGAGGAUACAAGGCUUCAGGAAAUGGCAGAGAGUUGGGAGAGUAUGGCCUGGACAACUACACAGAAGUCAAAACGGUGACCAUGAAAGUCCCGCAGAAGAAUUCGUAAACAAACAGAUGAGGGAUAUAACGGUUGCAGUAAUCAGUCCAUCUACAGUUUCCUAUUCCAUAAUUGAGGGGAUUUGGUGAUUCCAAUAGUCUAUACUUUUUAAUAAUGCCUUUUGACUUUUCACACGUGACAGAUUUGCCGGUUCUAAUUAUCUACAUUGUUUAUACCUUUUUAUUCACAUUUUGAUGAAUAAAACAAUUGUAGUACUUGC